UUCUGUUCUGAAGUUUCCCCUUCAGUGUUCUCAGAAAGGUCUAUAAGAAACCAUGGCACUUCCUUUCCAAAAAGAGCUGGAGAAAUACAAGAACAUUGAUGAAGAUGAAUUGCUUGGCAAACUCUCAGAAGAGGAGCUGAAGCAGUUGGAAAAUGUUCUUGAUGACCUGGAUCCCGAGAGUGCUCUGCUGCCUGCUGGGUUCCGGCAGAAAGACCAGACCAAGAAAAGCGCCACAGGGCCAUUUGACCGUGAGCAUCUGCUCAUGUACCUGGAGAAGGAGGCGCUAGAGCAGAAGGACAGGGAGGACUUUGUGCCCUUCACAGGAGAGAAGAAAGGGAGAGUCUUUAUCCCCAAGGAAAAGCCCAUAGAGAGAAAGCCGGUCGAAGAAAAAGUGACCCUCGACCCAGAACUGGAAGAAGCUUUGGCUAGUGCCUCUGACACAGAGCUCUAUGAUCUUGCAGCUGUUCUUGGAGUCCACAAUUUGCUCAACAAUCCAAAGUUUGAUGAAGAAACUCCUGGCACCAAUGGAGGCAAAGGGCCCAUUAGAAAUGUGGUCAAAGGGGAAAAAGUGAAGCCAGUGUUUGAAGAACCGCCCAACCCCACCAAUGUGGAAGCCAGUCUGCAGCAGAUGAAAGCCAACGACCCCAACCUGCAGGAAGUGAACCUCAACAACAUUAAGAACAUUCCGAUUCCAACACUGAGAGAAUUUGCAAAGGCGCUGGAGAGCAAUACUCACGUGAAGAAGUUCAGCUUGGCCGCAACCCGAAGCAACGACCCAGUGGCAAUUGCUUUUGCAGAUAUGCUGAAAGUGAACAAGACCUUGACAAGUCUCAACGUAGAGUCCAAUUUCAUCACGGGGACUGGGAUCUUGGCCCUGGUAGAGGCGCUGAAAGAAAAUGACACUGUGACGGAGAUCAAGAUCGACAACCAGAGACAGCAAUUGGGAACGGCUGUAGAGAUGGAAAUUGCUCAGAUGCUGGAGGAAAAUUCAAGAAUCCUCAAGUUUGGAUACCAGUUUACCAAGCAAGGACCCCGAACCAGGGUGGCAGCUGCCAUCACAAAGAAUAACGACCUUGUUCGUAAAAAACGAGUGGAAGGAGAUGGACGGUAAAGUCUUCAGUAAACGCUUGAAGAUUGGAGUUUUGUUUCGGCAGCCAUUCA